GUUGAUAUUUUCUUUUCCGUCUUUAUCUCGUUUUUUUCACAUACUCCAUUUAUACUUUAUAGUUCAAUUAUAUUUGGACAAAAAAAGCCGAUCCAAAAGACAUUAUAUUAAAGUGCACAUUACAAUGCUUAACAGCAGCAGCCAGCAGACUUCUCGCGCCCAUCCACGGCGCCUGCGAGUGAUCAAGCAAGCCCUGAUAAUGUUUAUUGUAGCCAUACUGCUGGCACUGCCCGGCACACACGCACGCCCGCCAAACACCAGGAGCGGAAAUAUCAAUGGCGCGCUACUGCCCCGAAUCAUGGGCGGAUCCGAAACCCACCAGAAAGAUUACCCGUUCAUUGUUUACCUGCAGAACGGCGCCGAAAAGACAUUCUGCGGCGGCUCGAUCAUCUCAGAUCAAUGGAUUGUAACCGCCGCGCACUGUAUCAAGUCUGCGAGUGCCAGCGAUAUCACAGUUUACAUCGGCCAGGACCAGUACAACCCGGAUCCUUCCAAGAGCGCACAGGUGGUGGAGGUACACAACCACCCGCAAUACGAUGACACUUCGAUGGUCAAUGAUAUUUCACUGUUGCGUCUGGCUUCGAGUAUUUCGUCAAACCCUGCGUCCACCAUUUCCAUCGACAACAGCACUGUUGGUGACGGAACAAAAGUGACUGCGCUCGGGUGGGGGUACACGUCGGAAACCGGAACGUCUUCAUCGAAGAAUCUGAAAAAGGGUGAGCUCACGACCUUGUCCAAGGUAGACUGUGGGUCAAGGGAUACCAAAUUUACUGGAAAUGAUGGCCCACGCAUUUGCGUUGCUGCAGAUACUGGUACGGACACUUGUCCUGGUGAUUCUGGAGGACCCUUAAUUCGCAAGGUUAAUGGAGAGAAUAUGCUCGUUGGCAUCACCAGCUUUGGCACUGCGGGUCCCGGAAAGUCGGUCACUGUGAAUUGCGGCGGUGCGGGGAUGAUCAGCUUGUUCACACAUGUGGCUUAUUUCAAGUCCUUCAUUGAAUCGACAACUGGUGGGCUCCGGAAGUUUGAAAACGCGAACGGCCAAGGCAAUUCCGCCGGCCACUUUGUACCCAGCGCGCUGCUCACAGCCAUCACAAUCGUCAUUGUGUCUGCGCUGUCCAUCGCUUAGCUCAAGCUUAAAGUCAAAUACACGUGGCUAAAAGUAUAUUGGGAGUAUAGAUAAACGCAUAUUUACAUUAUUACCUUGCAA